GCUUCGGCACGGACCCCGCUCUAAUAGCUACGGGAGAAGCUUUAAAAGAGGUGGGCAGCAUUGCAGCCCAACAGUCGUCUUCGCAGUAGAUCGGUGAGGUGACCGGGAUUUCGUGCGAGCGACGAUAUGAGGAUCACGUGUCUUAUUACGGUCUGUGCGUAUCUAUCAACAUCCAUCGUAUCUACAGAGGAAAUUCAAUAUUUGAAUAGGCUAAAGAGAACAAGGUCGCGAGAAGAAUCGAUUCUCGGCGAUGCUACAGCGAGUAAAGUCGAGUUAAAUCCCAUCCCUGAGAUUCGUCCCGAUGUAUUUUCCACAUUGCGAAAGUCUCAAUCACAGGGACAAAUUGAGACUUUUCAGAAGCCCUAUCAAAAGAAGGUCCACGAGUCCCAGUCUAAACCCCAACAGCAACAUCCCCGUUCCGGGGGUGGUCCAAUAUCCGAUCGUUCGAGACGUCCGGUAAAACGUUUGAGAGUCCGUUCGAUCGCCGGAUCAACAUACGAGGUGAACGAAAAUGAAGUCCACGAGUUAAUUCAGGAAGCGAUCCCGGAAGUGCACGACGAAGGGCCGAUUUACAUCAAGCCUGUGUAUCGGGUCCACACAAAGAAGAAUGUCUUCGAUUCCAUCGUGGACAUACUGCAUCAAUUGCUGGACCCGCCUAAGAAGGAGUUGGGCCCGAUCGUCGGACCCAUCCAUAUGCCGGGGUCCAAGCGCAAGAUCUACUUACGCCUGAUGGAACCGGUCGACGAAAGUCACAUUAACGUGCGCUUCGUAACGCAAGUACCGGUACCCGUGGUUAACGAGGAGAUUAUUGCAGGACGGGAACACGAUUCUAGCUUACCGUAUCUACCUUACGUCGAUCCCUCUGUCACGCUUUUGAACAAACUUCCCGGGUCGAGUGACACGAAGUUCAGUUCCUCCAAUCGUCAUCAAUCGAUUCAGUUACCCGGAAACGUCAGCCACGUAAAGGUCGGUAAAAGUCGAGGGCCGCAACCUAAACCUGCGACUAAACUGAAGCGUCCUCCGGAGAAUCCUCGAGAAAUCAACAAGGAAAAUGUAUUGCCUGUUAAAGUGGUACCUGCGAGUGAGGCGGAAAGCGACAAGAACCACUUGUAUUAUCAGUAUCAGACGGAAGAUGAUGCCGUGAGACAUGUGACGGAGAUAAUUAACGAGGCGACGGAGAACGAGCAGGGUUCGAAGGAUAUUUUACAACCCUGGUAUCAACUGAGCACGCACCGUCUGCCCCUUCGGCAGAUCGCCCCGCUGUACCCGCUCUCGGCGAUGGAACCGACUGAUUCCAGCUCUAACGAGAACACAUACAAAGUGCCCAGCGACAGUCUCACCGUUCCCGGCUCGCUGCAGUCGAGCACGUACGAGCAGUACGCGGGCAAUGCUAACGCGGCAAAUCUGGGAUUCUACGAUCAGCCUUACACCAUCCCGAACGCUUACCCGACCACUCACCAGAAGCAAAACGAGUUUAGCAACGCCCCGCCCAGCUCUUACCCGAUCUCUUAUCAGAAUCAAAACAAGUUCAACAACGCCCCGAGCUCCACUUCUUACGUCAAGCAGAACGAUCUUUUCAGUGCCCCCACCAUCUAUACGAGUCCUCACGAGAAGCCGGCCGCUCCACCACCGUCGAGCUCUUACGCGACUUCUCACGGGGCGCAAAACGGCGCCAAGGCGCUCCAAAUUGGUUCAAGUUCUCAGAAUGCACUUCAUAUCAUAGAUCCGCCGACUUAUCCUCUCGAUCCUCGGCAAGUUCCGAAGAAUCAUCACGCCAAUAAAGUAUUCGAAUACACUACGGGUCAACAACAGCCCAAUAUUAAUUUGCCCGAUGUCAACGAGAUAGGCUCGUCGACACGCAACACCCCGCAGCGCGGUGUGCUGCCGAUCGAGCAGGUGACAUGGGGAAAGGUGAAACGAGAGAAGAGCGAAUUGAAUUUACAGAAGAACGCGGACAACGCUCACGAGACGUGGCAGCCGCUUAUGCUCGUGUCCGAGGAUGUGGACUGGCAGAAGGCGUUCGCCAAUUUGGCGAAGGUUGCCAACCUUAAUCAGCACGAGGCCGUCACGAAACAGCAACAAUCAUUUAAUCGCCAGAGACAGGUUUCGCGAAGCACCACGCCGAGCACAAUCGAGAUGGGCAGGGUCGAUCAACGUCAAAGUAGUAAACAUCGCAACCCCCCUUUAGCGGCAGCUCAAAAUACAGGAUGUUUGUCCUUAGACAAGAGGGGUAAAUGCGUGCAAACGGAAUCGAUCGUUUCGACAUCUCGUCCGGAAGACGCCGUCAAGUUCGUGAGGGAGCAGCCGCAGUCGGCCGCCUAUAUCGAACCGGUUAUGAUUACGCCAAGAUCGGCGAGCAAUACGGUUGAAAUAUCGCGACCGAAUGUCACCGUGAUGAGCUGGAUAGAAGAACCGCAGCCGUUGGUGAUGACGACCGAGAGGACUUUUGCAACGAACAGCACUACAGAGAAAUCGCUAUUAAUUAAAAAGAUUAAAAAUACGCCGGAGAAAUUAAUCGAAGAUAAAACAACAUUGAUUGAAUCGAUGAUGAGUAAUUUUACUUUAGAGAAAUCGAUGGCGGGCAGUACAACGGAAAGAUCGUCGAUAAGCGGCACGUCUGAAGCGUCCAUAAGACAAAAAAAUACCACGAAAAGGCUGCAAUUGCCGAAGCGGCCUUUGAUCAUGAAAAAACCGACAUUCGUAUUGAAGGGAACGGAGCCGAAUAGCACCACGAAAAGGACGGUGACGACGACAUGGAAACCGAUGAGUAGUACGACGGAGAUAAAGAGGACAGCGGGGCGAUCGAAGUAUUGGGGGAGCGCGGGUUCGAAAACGAAGUCGAGUAGCAUUUGAUAAUUUAUCCAUUAAUAGCGCGUUUCUUUUAGGCACAAUCGAUUUUAGGCAGUGCAUUCUUACGCAUUUAAAUGUUUACGCAUUUGCAUGUUAGUCAUGAUAUGUAUAAUGCGCAAUGAUAUCCCCAAAAUAGCUUACGAUCCUUCACAUAUAAAAACUAAAAAAGUCAUUUGCACGUGUAUUUGCAUGUAUUAACGUACGUUAAUAUCAUGUAAUCGAUUAAAAUUAUCUGUUUAUUAAAAAAGUUUGAAUAGAUAUAGCUAUGUUCUCGCUGCCUUAUUUGUGUUUCUAAAAUUACUUAGUUUGAAAUGAUUGUCAUCGUUUAAACUUGUAAGUAUUUGUAAAAUCUUUAAAGAGAAUAUUUUUUACGAGGCAAGGAUAAUUGGUUUUGAGAAAUCGAAAUAAGCUUGGAGACUGAUCGUUUGCGAAAUAAAACUACAUUUUAUAAUGAAAAAUGAAGGAACGAGAGAAAUAUAUUAAUAUUUGUGUUUGAUAAGAAAUAUCGUAUUAUUGUUUGAAAGCUAUAUGUGUUAUUUAUCGUGUUUUUACUUACAUGGCACACAGAAUAGAUUAUUUCAAGACGUCAUUUUCUGAUAUGUGAAUUCUUUGAUCAAAUUGAAAAUCUUUUCUUAUAUAAAUUCAUAUAUUUUGUUAAUUAAUUAAUUAAAAUUUUAUAGAUUUUAUUUGAAUUUUUGUUAUCUAUUCGAAUCUCAUUUGUUCAAUAUCUCUUGAGAAAGAAGAUUUGAACCGAAAUAGUAAUAAAGUAAAAAGGUAAAAAAAGUAAGAACCAAAAUGGUAAUCAAAUUUUUAAAUGAAAGGCAUAGCCAUAAUUCUGAGUCAUCAUAUAUAUAUA